AAGACUGCGUUUCCUUUGAGGACCAGCGCAUACCCGCACAGUGUCGUAAAAUCAUCAUCUCCUGGUCGCCUGCAGAUGGAUCAAACGACACUUCUGUUUCCAGCGGCUGUGUGAAGGAUGAAUAGUAAUAAGGCGCAUCUGUAUGCAUGGAAGAACUCCGGCUGCGCGACAGGUUCACUGACACCGCAGAACCCGCCGCCUGCUUGAGUAAUAAGCAGUGAGCAAUGAGAGGAGACGGGAGCCUGCAGGACGACACAGUGGCGCGGAAAUGAAUAAGAAAAGGAUGAAAAUUGGUUGAUUUUGAAAUAUUAGUCCAACUUGGGAAUCUGGUGAAUUGCCCAUUAUUGUCCUCAGCUCUUUAGCUGAUUCAUCAGUGCCUUUCCAAGAUGGCCUCCUGCCAAAACAUCACAGAAAAUGAGGUUCUCCAGUUGAUAGAUGAUUCUGAAAUUGGGAAUGGAAGCCCGAAGCCCGCCGAGAAGUUGCUUCAUUCCGGCGGCCGCGUGAGGGGCAACCGGCAACACAUGGGAGGCGUCAGCAGAUGAGGUGACCUAUUGUCACCACCUCAUCAUGGACAGUCACAUACCGUCCUCCAAACUGUGGACUGCGAAAGAGCAGUUGCGAACUGUGACUCAAAUGGACUACAAGUAUACCCUACUGGGGACUGGGGAGGAUGACUAUCGCAAGAGGCCGCUGCUUCUGCAGGUGGACCAAGCACCGAUGAACCUCUUCGCUGUCCUGGAAGUGAAGCCCGAGCACCUGCGGAGGUGGAGCACGCCCGGCAGCUUCCGCAAGGUCCGCUUCUGCGGCGUCCUUCUCGGCGUGGCCGUCACUUUCGCCGUCAUGGCCUCAUAUGUUCUUACGGGGGACAGUAAGGACCUCCUGCUCACGCCGUCGCCUUAUCAUCACUCCGCUAGCCCACCGGGACCCUUCGCCCUCAACCUAUCCUCGGUCAAGAAUUACACACACCUCCAGACGGUGGUCAAGUCCAUCGCUGCCAAAGUGGAGUUUCGCGGUGGACGGCGGUUGCCGGUGUUUGAGACCUUGGCUCGAAGUGAGCGACAUAUGUUUUCCGUCAUCCCCCGUCAAUUCCUCCCUGGUUUCCGCAACCCCUGCUGGCACGAGGAAUACGCCGGGAACAUCAACUCGGACCCGUACAGCGCCAACCUAUACGCGCGCUACUCCCGCAGCUUUCGUGCCGUCUUCCAGCACUUGAGGAGCGCCUUCCCAAAGCACUUGUUUAGCCGCGAUGGCAAGCUCUACCGCAUCCGUUGCCUGCCGUAUUUCUACAUUAUCGGACAGCCCAAGUGCGGCACCACCGAUCUUUACGACCGCUUGCGGCUGCACCCAGACGUCAAGUUCUCCACCUUCAAAGAGCCGCACUGGUGGACCCGCAAGAGGUUCGGCAUCAUUCGUCUAAGCGAGGGUUUCCACGACCGAUACCCGGUGGACGACUACCUGGACUUGUUUGACCAAGCUGCUCAUUUCAUCCAAGGCAGCCAGGCGGCCAACCAAAGUGGCAUACCCGCUCAGCCCGACGUCAUCAUUGGCGAAGCCAGCGCCUCCACAAUGUGGGACAACAACGCCUGGGUGUACUUCUACGACAACACCACCAGCGGAGGUGAGCCGCCCUUCCUCAUCCAGGACUUCCUACAUGCCCUGCAGCCUGACGCCCGCUUCAUCGUCAUGCUCAGAGACCCCGUGGAAAGGCUCUACUCGGACUACUUGUACUUCGGCAUCGCCAACAAGUCGGCGGAGGAUUUUCACGAGAAGGUGUCUGAGUCCGUGCAGCUUUUGGACGGCUGCCUGGCCGACUACACGCUUCGCUCGUGCGUCUACAACACCAGCGUCAACAACGCCAUGCCUGUACGACUGCAGGUAGGCCUGUACGUGGUCUAUUUGCUGGACUGGCUGAGCGUGUUCGGCAGAGAGCAGAUUCUCGUCCUGCGGUUAGAAGACCACGCCUCCAACAGGAAGUCCACCAUGCACACUGUCUUCCACUUCCUUGGUCUGGCACCGCUGAGCCAGCAGAUGGAGGCGGAGCUCAACAGAAGCCCCGCCUCUAAUAGCAGGAGGCCGGCUGACAAGAACCUGGGCCCCAUGCUGCCCGCCACCAAACACAUUCUGCGCGACUUUUAUGCGCCCUUCAACCGCAAACUGGCGCAAGUCUUGCGCAAUGACUCCUUCCUGUGGGACGCCAACCCCUGACCUCUGCAGUGAUUUCCCCCUGCUAGAAAGCCAAAAAGGCUUGUGAUUGCCUAGCGCCACCUAAAGAUGGCGGCAAAGUACUUUUUAUCUGACUAAACCAAGCUCCUGCCCUCAUAUCAUUAAGGCGCCAAAGCACUUCUUUAAUAUUAAACGCGGCUUAUUCACAGCACUUCACUGUAUAAGUCUUGGAGCUUGGUAACCACUGAGGACAUCAUCGUCAUCACUUCCAUCAUCAUCAUUUUCAAGUGCCCAUUUUCCCUUUUUAAUUUAAAUUAUUUGAUAGGUAAGCAGCGGAAAUACAUCAAAGACGGCAGAUAGCACAAGUGUGUGUGCGAGUGUGCGUGUGUGUGUGAGAGAGAUACAGUUUGGAAGAGAUUUUAUUGUAUGAAUAUGUACAGUAAAAAGAGCUGUAAAAAAAUAAAUAAAUAAAA